CUCGAUCACUGCAUUCCUUGCGGUGAAAAGAAAACUAAGGAAGUGGUGUUGUUUUCUCUUGAAAUUGUUUUGUUGUUCCCCCAGAUUUUCCCACCGCCUAUAAAGUUGACCACACCUCCUUUUCAUUCGUCCCACUAUCCCACCUUCCUACACUUCCCCGUCCCGUACAUAAUCCCUCAUAAUGUCGGUCGUCUCCCUCUUAGGUGUUAAAAUCCUGAACAACCCUGCCACUUUCACGGCGUCUUAUCAAUUUGAAAUUACUUUCGAAUGUCUUGAACAGCUUCAGAAAGAUCUCGAGUGGAAGUUGACCUACGUCGGCUCCGCCACUUCUUCUGAAUAUGACCAGGAACUCGACUCUCUGCUCGUCGGCCCCAUCCCUGUUGGCGUGAACAAGUUCAUCUUCGAGGCUGAUGCGCCCGACCUGAAGCGCAUCCCUCCCUCCGAGAUUUUGGGUGUGACUGUCAUUCUUCUCACUUGCAGCUACGAUGGUCGCGAGUUCGUUCGUGUUGGCUACUACGUCAACAACGAGUACGACUCCGAGGAGUUGAUCGCCGACCCCCCAGCCAAGCCUGUUAUUGACCGCAUUCGCCGCAAUGUCCUUGCUGAGAAGCCUCGUGUGACUCGCUUCGCUAUCAAGUGGGAUUCCGAGGAGUCUGCUCCCGCCGAGUACCCGCCUGACCAGCCUGAGGCUGAUAACCUCGACGACGACAGCAAUGCCUACGGCCACGAAGAGGCCGAGCUUGAGGCCGCUCUCGUUAAGGAGCUCGAAGAAUCCAACAAGCCUGCUGAGGGAGAUGAUCACGAGAUGGAGGGCGCCGAGGCAACUGCGGGCAACGACGAUGAAGAUGAUCUGUCUGAUGCUGGCAGUGAGGAUCUCGAGGAGGAGAGUGAUGAUGAUGAUGAUGAUCUUGACGAGGAGGAGGGCGGUGACGGUGAUGAGAUGGAUGUGGAGAUGGGUGAUGAUUCCGAGCAGAAGGAUGAGUCUAAGCCUGCCCAACCCUCCCAUCCUGAGGUUAUGGUUCAAUAA